AUGCCGAAAUCGUCGACAAGCCAACGUCGCGCCGUUGUUCUCAAGAAGUCGACCACCCCCUAUUGGGUUCCCAGCCAAUUCCGCCGCCUCAAGGAUCAAACUGACGCUGAUUACCUCUGCUCCAUGGCCAUCCGCCGCAUCGCGUUGUCGCUCAACCACCGGCUUUAUUGGGUGUACAAAGAGGAGGAAUUCUCUCGGAAGUAUUCUCGGGAGAAUCGCCACGCACUCGACCUUAUGUCAGCACUGAGGACCGCAGGGUUUUCCAUCGUGAAGUUCAAAGGUCCCUUGGCCAAGGCUGUUGGAUGCGGGGAGGAACCAACAAACGAGGCCAUCGCCGUCGCCAUGGAGUCCAGCGCCCACGUCAGAUGGGCCGGCCGCAGGCAAUGGUGGGAUGUCCGACGUUCGGAAUACGGUCCCAACCCAGAGGACGCACCUGGCGAGGCAAGUUUCUUUGCUUUCGCACCUCCGCGCCCGCUAACCGCUCGCCAGUCGCUCACACCUCCGCCACCUCCUUCUCGCUCAGCCACGCCGCCACCCGCUUCCAGCACGAAGCCGCCAGCGCAACGCGCAGGUCCGGCUCGGCGGGGGCGUAGCUUGAAGGUGGAGGAUGGCACACUACCCCAGCCCACAAUUCAAGCGAAGCCUUGCUCGCGUUGCGUUAGAGGCAACUUCGUCUGCGAGGCAAAUGAGAUCGAAAGGGACGGCGGGCCCAAGAAGUUUGCCUGCAAUCCCUGCAGGUCGGUCAAGCACAAGUGCGACCUCGAAGACCGGGCAAAGGGACCCACUAGGAUGAAGGCAAGCGAGGGUAACAGCACCCAAGAUCAAGCAGGCGACGUGGGGGAGACAGGCGACGCAGGCGACGCGAACGGCACUCGUGGCCAGCUCGGGCAAGGGAGCGAGGGCGGCCCUGGUACGAGGUCGAAACGACGUCGAGAGCGGCCUUUGAGAGACGACGAACUAGGCGAUACAAAACGCAAGCGGCUGCGGCGUAGUGGUGACAGGGAAACGGCUGAGGGACCAGGACAGCCGGUGCGGUUGGAAAGGCGGGAAGAGCGGGAAGUGGAAGCUGAACUAGAGAUCCCUCAGUGGCCAGACCAGGAGGACCAGGAGACGCAGGGGGAGCAGGAGGACCAGGAGAUGCAGGGGGAGCAGGGGGACCAGGAGAUGCAGGGGGAGCAAGAGGACCAGGGGGAGCAGGGGGGGCAGGAGGACCAGGAAGCGGCGGAGGGCGAGGAUCAGCAGCAGGUGCCAGAGGGCGAGGGCGAGCAGUUCGAGCAGCUGGAGGUGAGCACAUCCCCGGGCAUCAAGGAAAUCGCAUUGACCACCGCUGCCGCUCCCAAGGCGCAUGGCGUCGACGAUUUCAUCAGACCGGCCACUCCAUCCGCGCAGGAUCACAUCCCUGACGCCAACCCUUCCCUCCUCCGUCGCGAUUCGCUGCAUGAGGUCGAGCAGCCAGUGCCUCAGAGACAGCCGGACAACCAGUCGGUCUUACCGCCGCGCCCUCGACGAUCAACUAUUUCCCGCAGCAGCGCUAGCCCCUCCGUGGACUUCAGCAAGCUCUUCCAGAGCAACUUGCAACCGGAGAGCCAGCCCAGCCCAGCCGAUGCACCUAGGACUUCACCCCGCCGACCUGCUCGAAACCCUGCCGGAAACGGCGGCUCAACGACAUCAUUUGACGUCAACCCAACGCUCCCUCACCUUGACGUCCCGCCACAGGUCGCGGAGGUCAUUAACCGGAUUUUGACCACGGCCCUGGAAGGGUUGGAGAGGAAACAACGGCGGGCUUUGCGCAAACUCAGGCGCACGCAGGACGACCUCAAGAAGCGGCAGGACACGCUCGACUUCGCGGUUCUUGUCCGAACUGCCGCCCAGCGGAAGAACGUCGAGAAAAAACUCGACGACAUCCUGCCGAAGGUCACAGAAAUUUUGGAGGUGCUAGGGAACGUCGCAAGCAAGCAGACAGAUGCGGACGAUAAUAUGACCUUGGCGCUGCAUUACCUUCGGUCGAACCUCGACGUCUCAGGGGAAGUGAACAAGAAGAUCCCGGGUCCGGCAGAGCACCGGGAUCAGAAUGUCCAGGCGGUCGGGCGCACGGAGAACGCGUAA